AUUGGUUAUGUCAAGUUAUGUUAUUUUGUUAUUCUUUUUAUGUUCUGUUUGGUUGCCCUAAACUUUAAGCUGUCCACAGAGGUUGUCCGUUAUAAUAAGUUAUUGUUUAAAAGUUUUUUAUUUCGUCUUGAUAAGCUUAUUCGUAUAUUGCUGUGAUAUUUAUCCAAUUUUUUAAGUGUUUUUGAAAGAGGAAUUAUGGAGAGGAAUUAUUGUUGUUGUAUAAUAUGUAGAAAUAUUUCGAGAGGACAUAACAACUUGAGUUUCUUCAGAUUUCCAAGGGAUGAAAAUCGAUUUGCACAAUGGAAGGACAUCCUUCAAUGUAAAAAACUUAACAACCGCAGCGCUCAAUAUUGUCAUGAUCACUUUAGAAUAUGCAGUGUACAUUUUGAGGAGGAGGCCUUUGCAGGAAUCUUUGGAGCAAUCCAAAAAAACAAAUUGAAAAAAAACGCAAAACCAUCUAUUUGUCUUGCGAGAAUAAACAUUCCUGUUGAAGGGACAGAGUUUCAAAAUUUACAACCUGUUGCAAGUACUUCGACAGAAUCGAUAACACAUAGAAUUGAAGCUAUGGGUGUCAAAGUUGAAAAGGAAGAGUUAGCAGAAUACGACCAAAAAUAUAUAGACAAUCAGUUGUGGACAUCAAUAGACAUUCAAGAUUCAAAGGAUGAACCAGAGGAAAAUCAACUAGCUAUAGAAGUCAAAGUUGAAAAGAAAGAGUUAGCAGAAUAUGACCAAAAUUAUAUAGACACUCAGCUAGGGACGUCAAUAGACAUUCAAGAUUUAAAGGAUGAACCAGGGGAAAAUCAACCAGCUAUGGAUGUCAAAGUUGAAAAGGAAGAGUUAGCAGAAUACGACCAAAAAUAUAUAGACAAUCAGCUAUGGACAUCAAAAGACAUUCAAGAUUCAAAGGAUGAACCAGAGGAAAAUCAAUCAGCUAUACAAGUCAAAGUUGAAAAGAAAGAGUUAGCAGAAUAUGACCAAAAUUAUAUAGACACUCAGCUAGGUACGUCAAUAGACAUUCAAGAUUUAAAGGAUGAACCUGGGGAAAAUCAACCCGCUAUGGAUGUCAAAGUUGAAAAGGAAGAGUUAGCAGAAUACGACCAAAAAUAUAUAGAAAAUCAGCUGUGGACAUCAAUAGAGAUUAAAUAUUCAAAUGAUGAACCAGAGGAAAAUCAAUCAGCUAUGGAAGUUAAAGUUGAAAAGAAAGAGUUACCAGAAUAUGACCAAAAUUAUAUAGACACUCAGCUAGGGACAUCAAUAGACAUUCAAGAUUUAAAGGAUGAACCAGAGGAAAAUCAACCAGCUAUGGAUCUUAAAGUAGAACAGGAAGAGUUUGUAGAGUAUGACCAAAAAUAUAUUAUGCAACAUCAGAUAUCAACAUCAAGAGAUCUUAAAGACUUGAAGAAUGAACCAGUGGACAAUCAACCAGCUGUGGAAGUUAAAGUUGAAAAGAAAGAGUUAGCAGAAUAUGACCAAAAAUAUAUGGGUAAUCAGCUAGGGACAUCAAUACACAUUCAAGAUUCAAAGGAUGAACCAGAGGAAAAUCAAUCAGCUAUAGAAGUUAAAGUUGAAAAGAAAGAGUUAGCAGAAUAUGACCAAAAUUAUAUAGACACUCAGCUAGGGACGUCAAUAGACAUUCAAGAUUUAAAGGAUGAACCAAAGGAAAAUAAACCAGCUAUGCAAGCUAAAGUUGAAAAGGAAGAGUUACCAGAAUAUGACCAGAAAUAUGUAGAUAAUGAGCUAAGGACAUCAGUAGACAUUCAAGAUUCAAAGGAUGAACCAGAGGAAAAUCAACUAGGUUGGCUAGACAAUAAGAAGAGAAUGAAAAUUAUGAAAAACUCUCAACAUUCAUCUCAUACAGAAGAUUUGAGCAGAUACGUUGAAGAAAAAAAAUUAAGAAAAGGAAAAGGACCGUACACUUGUGCAAUCUGUUUAAAACAAUUUUUUCUGCUAUUUAAUUUGAAAACGCAUUCGAGAAUACAUGCUGAAGAAAAACCUCAUAAAUGUGAUAUUUGUUUAAAGCAGUUUACUUACGCCAGUGCUUUGAAAUUACAUUUAAUGACUCACACUGGUGAAAAACCUCACAAAUGUGAAAUUUGUUUUAAGCAGUUUACUUAUGCCGUUAGUUUGAAAUCACAUUUGAUGACUCACACUGGAGACAAACCUCACAAAUGUGAAAUUUGUUUAAAGCAGUUUACUCAAGCUAGUAAUUUGAAAUCGCAUUUGAUGACUCACACUGGAAAAAAACCUCACAAAUGUGAAAUUUGUUUAAAGCAGUUUACUAAAGCCUGUAAUUUGAAAUCACAUUUGAUGACUCACACUGGAGAAAAACCCCACAAAUGUGAAAUAUGUUUGAAACAGUUUACUGACGCAAGUAAUUUGAAAUCACAUUUGAUGACUCACACUGGAAAAAAACCUCACAAAUGUGAAAUUUGUUUAAAGCAGUUUACUAAAGCGGCUCAUUUGAAAUCACAUUUGAUGACUCAUACUGAAGAAAAACCUCACGAUUGUGAGAUUUGUUUAAAGCAGUUUACUCGCGCCAGUACUUUAAAAUCACAUUUGAUGACUCACACUGGAGAAAAACCUCACAAAUGUGAAAUUUGUUUAAAGCAGUUUACACAAUGGAAUAAUUUGAAAUUACAUUUGAUGACUCACACUGGAAAAAAACCUCACAAAUGUAAAAUUUGUUUAAAGCAAUUUACUCAAGCCGGUCAUUUGAAAUUACAUUUGAUGACUCACACUGGAGAAAAACCUCACAAAUGUGAAAUUUGUCUAAAGCAGUUUACUCGCGCCAGUACUUUAAAGUCACAUUUGAUGACUCAUACGGGAGAAAAACCCCAUAAAUGUGAAAUGUGUUUGAAACAGUUUGCUGACGCAAGUAAUUUGAAAUCACAUUUGAUGACUCACAUUGGAAAAACCUCACAAAUGUGAAAUUUGUUUAAAGCAGUUUAAUCAUGCUGCUAGUUUGAUAUCACAUUUGAUGACUCACACUGGAGGAAAACCCCACAAAUGUGAAAUGUGUUUGAAACAGUUUACUGACGCAAGUAACUUGAAAUCACAUUUCAUGACUCACACUGAAAAAACCCCACAAAUGUAAAAUGUGUUUUAUUGUCGUGAUAAUCUACCCCAGAUAAUUGAAACACCAUUGAAAAAUAACAUUUCAGUCAAUCAUUAUAGUUAUGGUUCACCCUAGCUUAGAUCAGAUUCCCAAGGUGUGUGUUCGUCUUGUCCUAAUCAUAAACAUGAACGAUGAAGAUCUGGAUGGGAAGCAAACAAAACAAUAUUUUAACAAAUCAUGUUUAUUUUUUUCAAUAAAGAUAUAAUAAAAUAUGA